UUCCAGGCCACUAUGGACUUGGCAGGGAUCCCGGUGGACAAAGUACUUGAAUUCUUCACCGACCCAGAGCAGAGGCGGAAGUGGAACAAGAAAUCGCCGACAUUCGAGAUCUUGGAAGAGAGGGACGACUUCAAAAUUGUCUACACAGUAUUCAAGAUGCCCACAGCCUGUGAUGACCGGGAUGUUGUCCAAUGCACUGUAGUAAGAUCAGAUGAAGACCCAAUCCGUCAUACCAUCCUUUACAAGAGCUGCAAUCACCCAAGCAAACCACCAAAUAACAAAGGCCACAUAAGAGCUGAUGUUGGUGUAAUGGGUAUUGUGAUUAGGCCUAAGGAAGGUGAUGACGUAGCAACCCACGUGACCUGGGUAGGUCAGGUCAACCUCAAAGGAUGGAUGCCCAAGAUGAUGGUGAAUAAGGUCACAGUCGGUUAUCCGGUAUCGCUAUACGAUGACAUCAACACGUACUGGAAGAAAUUGACGGGGCAAGAUAAGAAGGACAAGAAAGAAACAAAAGCCGAAGGGGAAGAAGAAAACAAAACAGAGGAAGGAGGCGAAGCAAAGGCCGAAGAAGAAAAACCCGCCGAGAACGGAGAUGCAGAGCCGGAGAAAGCCGAAGAAAAGGCCGAAGAGAAAGCCGAAGAGACGAACGCCGAGGAGAAGAAGGAGGAAGCGGCGUCGGAAGAAAAACCAGCCUCGGAUGAGAAACCGGCCGAAGAGGGCGCUGCAACAGAAUAAGAUGACCUUCUUGAAAGCGAGGAGGAAAAUCGAUUCGAGAGAGAGAGAGAGUUUUAUCAAAAUGGACAUUUUUUCAAACACGUGCCCGAUGUUUGAUUUCUUUUGUUGGAAGAACGUCUCAUGUUUAUUGAUAAUAUUUUAAAUGAUGCGUUCUUGAUUUUAAGAGAUAUAAGCCCUCUGUCACCGCUAUUUUGAUGUAGAGUUACGUUCCCACGUUGAGAUAAGUAGGAAGAGAAAUAUUACUUGUCUUGGUGUGAACGCAAGUUUCUCCUACUCGUUGUGUGUAAACGCACUUGGUCAGCAAUUACCCCCUUCUUUAGUUAUACGCCAUUUUACAAAAAGAGAUAGUUUCUUGACUCGAUGCAAACUAGGGUUUAAUCAUUGUUAGGUUAGGAGAAUUAGCAAACUUUGGAAAGGCAAGUUUGCGCUGUUCGUUUUGACAUUCACACACACAUACACAAACACACUGUGCAAGGCACAACUAGUUGAAGCAGUUUUUGACGGAAGUUUGCGUCAGCAUUCUUGCGUUAGCUAAGUGAUAAUUCGUUCGUAUCGAGCAUUUAGACUAUCAUUACUCGAGAGAAUAAUUUACACAUGAUAGUAAUAUCUAUCCCAAACACUGGAAGAAGAAUAAUGGCAUUCCAUUUUGCUUUUUGUGAGUUUAUAUAAAAAUAAUAUUGACUGAUCUUUCUAUUACUAGCAACAUAUCGAAAAUGAGUUAAGUCUUUCUAUUCUUAAAGGGUAUUUCAUUUCAUUUUUCUUGGUCUUGUUUUGUCAUUUAUAUACUUAUUCGAAUACCAUACCGGGGGAGCGUUUCAUGAAACAAAUAGUGAUUCCAACUUCUUAAUUUACUAUUAGCCAAUCAGAUGCAAGGAUUUCGGUAGCUUAUAACAGUAGCGAAUAUCUUGGACUAUUCCUUUCAUGAAAUGCUCCCUAAUUUCCCCAACUAGGAUCGUACAUGCAAACACAAGAGCAAAUAGCUUUGCGGAUAAUUUCGUCACUGUUUGGAGAAAGCGAGAUGAUAGAUUUAGUCAUGAUUUCAGAGUAUUUUACAUGAAAAUUAUCGUGGUAGAAAGUAAUCGUUUUUAAUGUUAUUUUCUUGCAUUAAACCAACGAACGUAGAGGGCUUCAACGCUUUGCACUGUUGACGCUCUCUACGUUCGUUGCAUUAAACGAACGGAAAGGUGCCUUGCAUGCGUUUGGACUUAUAAUGAUAAUAAUAUAUCACCAAACUGUGUUUCAUUUUGACGGCUUCCGGUGUAUAUAUUCUUUUAUUCAUUUAUUAUUUUGUCUACUUUUGACGGCAACUAUAUUGGAAUAUUAUACAAAAAUCAUUGAAAUUGCGACAUUUAGAAUGAAGAGGUU